CGGGGCCUCGGCAAGGCAGAGAAAAGCGGAUUUGGGGUCUGGCGAGUAGAGCCGGGAGGGCCGUGUGCCCUCCCCCGCACCCCCCGGGACACCAGGGAAGGCUCAGUUGCAGAAAGGAAGCGCGGCCGUGUUCCCUGCACGGGAAAAGGGCAGCGCCCGCCGGCAGCUCCCUGCCGGCCUCGGCCUGGUCGUGGCUCCUCAGCUGUUUCACACCCCCCUCCGCAUCCCCCCGAAGCGGAUGAGUUCCCUCCGGCCACCCUUGCGGGGGUGUCACAGCAAUGGUACCAGCAUGAUCUCAUUGAUCAUCCCCCCCAAAGACCAGAUCUCACGAGUGGCAAAAAUGUUAGCGGACGAGUUUGGCACCGCCUCCAACAUCAAGUCCCGAGUGAAUCGCCUUUCAGUACUGGGAGCCAUUACAUCUGUACAGCAAAGACUGAAACUCUAUAACAAAGUACCUCCAAAUGGUCUGGUUGUUUACUGUGGAACAAUUGUGACAGAAGAAGGAAAAGAGAAGAAAGUCAACAUUGACUUUGAACCUUUCAAACCAAUCAAUACAUCGUUGUAUUUGUGUGACAACAAAUUCCACACAGAGGCUCUCACGGCGCUGCUUUCCGACGACAGCAAGUUUGGCUUUAUUGUAAUAGAUGGUAGCGGUGCACUCUUUGGAACUCUUCAAGGAAACACAAGAGAAGUCCUGCACAAAUUCACUGUGGAUCUUCCAAAGAAGCAUGGUAGAGGAGGUCAGUCUGCCUUGCGCUUUGCUCGCUUGAGAAUGGAGAAGCGACACAACUACGUCAGGAAGGUCGCAGAGACGGCUGUGCAGCUCUUCAUCUCUGGGGACAAGGUGAAUGUGGCUGGUCUCGUUUUAGCUGGAUCAGCUGACUUCAAAACUGAAUUAAGUCAAUCUGACAUGUUUGAUCAGCGGUUGCAAUCCAAAGUGCUCAAACUAGUUGACAUUUCAUAUGGAGGAGAAAAUGGAUUCAAUCAAGCAAUUGAGUUGUCAACUGAGGUCCUCUCCAAUGUGAAAUUCAUUCAAGAAAAGAAACUAAUAGGACGAUACUUCGACGAGAUCAGUCAGGACACAGGGAAGUACUGCUUUGGCGUUGAAGAUACACUAAAAGCUUUGGAGAUGGGAGCAGUAGAGAUACUGAUAGUCUAUGAAAAUCUGGAUAUAAUGAGAUAUGUUCUGCACUGCCAAGGCACAGAAGAGGAGAAGAUCCUGUAUUUGACACCAGAGCAAGAAAAGGAUAAAUCUCACUUCACAGAUAAAGAGACCGGCCAGGAACAUGAACUGAUAGAAAGUAUGCCCCUUCUGGAGUGGUUUGCAAACAACUACAAGAAGUUUGGAGCAACAUUGGAAAUUGUUACAGACAAAUCACAGGAAGGAUCCCAAUUUGUGAAAGGUUUUGGAGGAAUUGGAGGUAUCUUGCGGUACCGAGUGGACUUCCAGGGCAUGGAAUACCAAGGAGGAGACGAUGAAUUUUUUGACCUUGAUGACUACUAGGUAGUCGACCUGGGUCCGGCAAAACGUGCCUGUCCCCUCCAGCAUCCAACCCAAGGAGCAAACUCAUGGUGGAAAACACAACAGAUCCCUGCCUUAGAAUCGGAACAUUUCCAGAACUUGAUCCACGAGCAUUGGAUUUAAAAAAAACCAGAAAAGCAAAACCCUACACUUUGAUUUGUCAUAGUGUCAGUACAGCAGCAAACUACUAAGAUCCUGUAUGCCACUUUGGACUAAUUUAAAAAGAAUCCCAGUUUUUACUUUUACUCAAUGGUGAAAUUGGUUGCUCUUGUAUUUUAUGGAAAUGAUUUUUUUAACCUUCAUGAUACAUUAACUGCUGUAAACCUCUUCCUUCAAAAAUUAAUAGAAGUAAGAUCCUACUGGUUUGUUUUCUUUUGACUUUUUGAUUGGAGAUAUCAACCGCUGCAUUUGGCAGCACCGUGACCCAUUUACAUGGCAUUCUCAGCUUAGGCUGCAGGAGAAGAAGUGUAAAACAACAAAAACCAAAAGAAAUUGGGAGCCAUUCAUUCUCUUCAAAAGAAUGAGAAGGCACUUAACCUAGAGUGCUAGCUUGUGUCGUGUGGCUUGCAGAUUCAGAUGGUCUGGGGAGGCUUUACCGGCCAAACGUGCUUUAAGCUGGUUGCAGAAGUGCUGCUCUUACAAACUAGGAAACUCACUUUGUUGGCUGCAAUGAAAAUGCUGCUGGAGUCUUGGGUUGAGUUUGGGGUCCAGCAGUGCAGCCUUUAGGAGUUACUGGGGGGGUGGGGGUUUUUUUUCAGUCUCGACAAAGAGAUAACCGUCAGAUGGAAGUGAAGUAAGGUACUCUUUGCUUUGUUCUUUUCCUCAGUAAGGUGGUGGUUUGGGGGUGAGGGGUAUAGCUUUUGCUUUAGGACUGCGUAAGGUUUCCCUGAUGAUGUGAAUGUGAACCCACACUUCUUUGGAAGCGGGUAUUUUACAGGAGUAAUUAGGAAGUGGAGUCCUUGCUGGAAACCUUACACUGGUGCGUUGGAUGUGAUGUGUUGAACAUUAGCACAACCCACUGGGGACAUCCAUCUCCCAGCACUAAGGCAGCCUCUAGUGUAUUGGCUCAGAGCAGCCUCCAAAUCUGAUGCUGAGCUCUUUAACCCUGUCUGGGUGUGUUUAGGUCCUGCUUGCAUCAAGGCUCGAGGCAGCAAAGAGCUAUAUAUAGGGUGCAUUUCAGCCUCCUCAGAAGGGCUGAGGGUUUUUCAGGUGACCUUGCAGGCAAGUGGGGAAGUGAAGAUUGGGCAUGAGAUCAUGCACAAGUCUUGCUUCUUUUUUGGGGGUUCCUGGGUUCUCCCACAGGCGCUCGCACAUCAUGGUGCCCCGUAGUCCUGUUCCUCACGGGCUCUGUCACUCCUGGGCCGUGGCUCAGAAACACCUUCUGUGUUCCCAGUUGCAUACCUGCCUAUUGUUUUUUUUUUUUUCUGAUAAUCCUGUUUCACUUGAACUGAAGGGGAGCUCGUCUUAAAACUUCUGCCACGCUCUUCUUUGAGGUCCAAAAUGAUUGUCAUGGCGAGCAAAUCCAAUUUGUACCCCUGGUUGAUAACAUAGCAGCUGGCUUUGCUGUCCUUCUCACAUCAAAGCUGGAAUCUCUCACGGGAGCUGGGGCUGAGGCUGCUGCAGAUCUGCUCAAACCCUGACUUUGGGCACAUUUGUGGCUAUCCCAGUGGCGUGUUCUGGAUUUUGCCAUUGUAAAUGGGUCUAAUGUGACAUGACAAGACCAGAAAAAAAUGAAAAUUGGAUGUAAAUUUCCAUUUUCUCUUCUUUUUUUUUUUUGGAAUCUACUGCUUGUUGUUUCCCAUGAUCCAGUUAGGGUAUGCAGCUCCUUUUUGUAGCUUUUAUUUUUACUAUUUAAGUUUGGAAAUGAUGCCAAAUUUUUUUUUUUGUAUUUCUUUAAUCAAUGUGUUCUCUUCAGUGAUAUAUAUUGCAUUAUAUAUUGAUGUGUAUAUCAAUAUAUACUGAUAUGUAUUACACUUACACAUACAAACACGUUCAAUGGGGGGGAGAAAUCCUAGCCUUCGCAUACUAUAUAGCCUCUGCAGAGAGAUCCCAAGCAGUGAUAUCUUGGUGUUGUGAUGUACAGAAAUGGAGAAGAGUAUUAAACCAUAUUUAAGAAUAUA